AUGCUGUUGAGUCCAGUGCUGUGCUGCAGAUAUUGAUGGGGGAGGGGAGGGGGUGAAUUUUUAAACCCUCUUUUUCACAUCAUGACAUCCAGGCAACUUUCUGUAUUCCUACUCCUCGUCAUCUCUGUUGGGCUCAUCAUCAAGGCAUCUCGUGGCAACUCGGAGAACUGCGACCCGGCCGACCACAGAUGCUUUACCUACCGACCAGAUGCAAAGAUCGCCUUCAUCACCUCCUACUUCAAGCCAAGCGAUGACCAACGCAAGGCGGAAAUCGAUGUCUGUCUGGCCAGCCUGAUGGCAAAUCCGGUGCUGGAGCAGGUCCAUGUUCUUGUCCAGUCAGAGGAUCUGCCUCUGCCCUCCUUCGCUGUCCACAAUCCAAAGACACAUGUUUCCAACGUCACAAAACGACCGCUAAUGGGAGAUUUCAUUCAGUACAGCUGCGACCACCUGCUCGACCAUCGUGUCAUCUUUGCCAACUCGGACAUCUUUUUUGACUCAUCGCUGGAGUACUUCACUAAGAAGUCCGACAAGGUAUUCGACUCGACCUUCUACGCUAUUUCUCGGUGGUGGCUAGCCAAAGAGGGUAUGACGCCACACCCUUAUCCAGCAUACGGCAGUUAUGAUACAUUCGCGUUCAAGCCCAGGGUCCUUUGCACAGAGAAGGCGAAACUCCAAGAGCUGGUUGCCAACCUCAAUUACACAUUAGGCAUCCUUGGAGCCGAGAAUCGACUUUUAUAUGAGGUCAAGCGCCUUUAUCCAGAGCUCAAGCUGGAAAAUCCCGUGUGGACCAUUAGGACAGUGCACAUCCAUCAGUCUCAAUAUCGCUCCGGCGAUUGGCAUAACCGCGUGGACGAGGAUGGGAAGAGUCAUAGGAUAACGAGCUACUAGAGCCUUGAUUCCAAACAGGCAGAUAGAAAGCAUGUCCCUUACACUGAUUAAACGCUCUUUCUGCGACAUUCCUGGUGAGAAAUAUGACUGUGUCCAGGAUCAAUGAGAGCAAGAGAGGG